CAAAAUCAUCAAAAACAUACCUUCAUCAUUUUCCAAUUUUUAGGUGGUCCCACUGAAACCAAACACUUGAAACGGAGAGAUUCACCGUCCAUUUCCAUUUAGCUCUCUAUCCAUGGUGUUCCCAUCAUUUUCACUACUGAGUACUAACCCUAGAAACCUAAUACAAAGUUAAAAGGGGCUCUCUUUUGCACAUCUGGGUUUUCUUGCAAUCCUCUAUUCAAGGAAACACCAACUGGGUUUGAUUAUCUCUCUAUUCCCGUAACUGGGUAUUCUCCGGUUUAGUUUGAAUCCUCGCAUUCGUAGAAUCUUGAAAAUAUAGUUUUUCAGAGGCAAUUUAUCAAACGCUUCAAUGGCGUCUAUUGGGACGGUUCAAACUGCUGUGAACGGUUGUAUACUUCUUCGCGGUAGAAACCGUCAUCGACCCAUGAUUCCUAUACUUGCAUACAGGCCAAGAAAAUCUGUUGAUGCUGGGGGUUUGACCAAUUGCCAUACAGCUGGAUUUUCAAGAAAUUUGAGUGAAGAUAAUACUAGGAGAUUAUCGUUAUGUUUUGGAAGCGAGGGGUUGAGGUGGAGGAUAACGUUCGUACAAGCGACAGGGAGGGGAUCAGAGGAAGCUGAGAUUGGUGAUGAACAAGACGAUGCUUUACAGGCCACGAUUGAAAAGAGCAAAAAGGUUCUGGCCAUGCAGAAAGACUUAUUAAAACAGAUUGCAGAAAGAAAGAAAGUAGUCUCAUCAAUAAAAAGUAGUAUAAUUGAUCCAGAAAGCGAUGAAUUGCCUUAUGAGGAGCACAAUGGAAGUUUUUCAAGUAUUGGUGUUGCAACAACUGAAGAUGACAAGAUCAGUGAAGACCUUGAUAAUGAAAGCUUGUCCACUAGCGGCACCCACUCAGCUGUUCAUGAUGUGAAUGAAAACCCAGCUUCAGCUUCCAGUGAAUAUUCAUUUGCCAAUAUGACAGAACCCGGAAAAGACCUGCAUCAUAAUGACAAACCACAGCCAAAAGCCACUACUUCAGAGUCAGUUCAGUCUCAGGAAGUGCCAUCAGUUUCUCCAAGAUCGUCUGUCACACCCAGUCCAGAGCCUUUUUCAAAUAAGGAUUCUUACAAGUGGUUGAACAAUGCCACAGAGCUAAUAUCCAGUUCAGAGACCUCCAACAAAGUAGAGUCAGACAAGUUGAAGGAUGCUAAUGUGGGGACAACCAUUUUAUCUGAUGCGCCAUUAAGCCUGAAAUAUGAGAAAAUUAAAGAUGAAGAAGAAUCAAAUCUAGAGGACACUAAGGUUAAAGUCCAAGAUCCCAUAGGUGAAGAUGUGAAACCCCCUCCACUUGCUGGUCCCAAUGUCAUGAACGUAAUUUUGGUUGCUGCAGAAUGUGCUCCUUGGUGUAAAACGGGUGGGCUUGGAGAUGUUGCUGGAGCUUUACCCAAGGCUUUGGCCCGACGCGGACAUAGAGUCAUGGUUGUUGCACCUCGCUACGGUAACUAUGCUGAACCUCAAGAUUCAGGAGUUCGGAAAAUGUACAAAGUAGAUGGCCAGGAUAUGGAGGUGACGUAUUUCCAAACCUACAUUGAUGGCGUGGAUUUUGUUUUCAUGGAUAGUCCUGUGUUUCGUCAUAGAGAAAAUAAUAUAUAUGGAGGGAAUCGUAUGGAUAUUUUGAAGCGUAUGGUUUUGUUUUGCAAAGCUGCUGUUGAGGUUCCUUGGCAUGUUCCAUGUGGUGGGGUCUGCUAUGGAGAUGGAAAUUUAGUUUUCAUUGCAAAUGAUUGGCACACUGCUUUAUUGCCAGUGUACCUUAAGGCAUAUUUCCGGGACAAUGGAUUGAUGAAAUAUACAAGAUCAGUCCUUGUGAUACAUAACAUUGCUCACCAGGGUCGCGGUCCUGUGGAUGAUUUUUCCUACGUGGAUCUUCCGCCACACUACUUGGACCUUUUUAGGUUGUAUGAUCCAGUUGGAGGAGAGCACUUCAACAUCUUUGCAGCCGGCCUGAAGACGGCAGAUCGUGUAGUUACAGUUAGUCAUGGAUAUUCUUGGGAGAUAAAAACCUCUGAAGGUGGCUGGGGUCUACAUGAGAUUAUAAAUGAGAAUGAUUGGAAAUUUCGUGGAAUCGUAAAUGGGAUCGAUACAAAGGAUUGGAAUCCUGAGUUAGAUAUUUACCUACAAUCUGAUGGGUAUGUUAACUACUCCCUCGAUACCCUAAACAAGGGCAAACCCCAGUGCAAGGAAGCAUUACAGAAGGAGCUUGGUUUGCCUGUCCGAGCUGAUGUACCAUUAAUUGGUUUCAUUGGGAGACUCGAUCCCCAAAAAGGUGUUGAUCUGAUAGCUGAAGCUGUUCCUUGGAUGAUGGGCCAGGAUGUACAGUUGGUCAUGUUGGGCACUGGUAGGCCUGAUCUCGAACAGAUGCUUAGAAAGUUUGAGGGCCAGUACAAUGACAGAGUCAGGGGGUGGGUCGGUUUUUCCGUGAAAACAGCUCACCGGAUAACUGCUGGUGUUGACAUACUUCUGAUGCCUUCAAGAUUUGAGCCUUGUGGACUGAACCAGCUGUAUGCAAUGUGUUAUGGGACAAUUCCAGUCGUUCAUGCAGUUGGUGGACUAAGAGAUACAGUGCAGCCUUUCAACCCUUUCGAGGAAACGGGGCUUGGAUGGACUUUUGCAAAGGCUGAGACGAAUGAACUGAUCAAUGCAUUAGGGAAUUGCUUAUUGACUUAUCGACAGUACAAGAAGAGUUGGGAGGGUCUCCAGAGACGAGGAAUGACACAGGAUCUAAGUUGGGAUAAUGCUGCUCAAAAAUACGAGGAAGUACUUAUUGCUGCCAAGUUCCAAUGGUAACGUUGCUGCUUAUUUUCCCUCGAUCUUGACUGUAGUCUUGGCGGAAUGUCAUCCUUUUUUGGUCUUUGCAUUGUGGCUCAGUCAAAACUGACGUGUAAGAUCAUCCUUGCUUUUGCAACAAAAAUUGGACCAUAGAAGAGAGAAAAAUUCAGAUAUUCUAGGUUAAUACGCAUAUAGCUUAAUAUACAUAUUGUCUAAUUCUCUUGUUCGUAUUUCUUUCAGCUUUCAAUCGGAAUUUAAUGGCAGGUUUACUUGUGUGUA